AUGACAGCAGUCCAAGCCUCAGACAACACCUAUUACAUCAACGAACAACACCACUUUAAUGGAAAAGCCGCCUACCACAGCAUUGGGAUCCAGAACGGAGACAGGGUCCUGCCGGCUGCGUUUUCCAAGGAUGUGUUCUCGCAUUUGACGCUCUUUACCGGGAAUACGAUGGUGACGGGGACGACGGGGUUGUUGAAUUCCACGGCGAAGAAGUCGAACCAGGAGCUUGUCUCUGCGAUCGACCACACAUUAAACUGGUCUCUCGAGUCUGCACAGGUCCAUGGCCGUGCCAUCACCAUUGCUGACAACUCAACUCUAGCUCCCCUCGAGGAUGAUCGAUCCAAAUAUGAGAUCACCGUGAAGCUGUUCUUCUUAUCGCCCCAUGGAUCUUCUGAGCCCCUCUCUGUCGACCACCUCCACAACGCCAUCCAGCACCUGGAAACAGCAUUAUCAGUAACCUCCGGCAAUCUCAAAAUUGACCACUUCAUCCUCGCUAUCCCCAACCAGACAUUCGACGAGAACGACCUGGACUCAUCCGAGAUCGACCAAUUUACUGAGGAUAUCCAAAAGUUGUAUCUCCCCAUCUGGAAACGACUCUCUGGGUUGCGUCAGGCCGGCAGGAUUGGUCGAUUGGGUGUGUCCGAGUUCUCGAAACAGCAGCUGGAGAUCUUAAAAGCCGCUGCGGUUCAGAUUGGGGCUGUUGUGCCAGAGAUCAAUCAGGUUAAUCUGCAGGACUGUUGUGUGUUGCCCAAGGGGUUGAUUGAGUAUGCGAAGGCUGAGGGCAUUGAGCUUUUGACCCAUGGGGAUUCAUCUGACAUUCUGCCAAGGUCAACUCUGGCUUCGCUGUUGCAACCACACUUGGCUGCGACAUCGGCGUCAUUGCUGGAGCCUAACUUUGUGCUCAAGUAUUCGGUGCUGAUCAGCAGUCGGGGUCUGAUCUCCAGGAAAGGGUAUAUUGUGGAUGCAGGAUCCGAGUAG